UCAUGACAUUUUUGUAUAGCCUUUUUCCUUGCAUUGUCCGUGUUUGGUAGUCGACUUGAUUUAUUUUGUACUGACACAAGAUUUGAUAUUAGCAUAACGAAUGACCCUUCACUCUACUGCACUGUAUCAGGGAUAAUAUUCUACUAUAUAACUACACAGAUGACUUGCUUCUGGCUCACUCAUAUUGCUUUCUUUCUUUACUUGACUGCAUUUCCUUUCCAUGCAAGAAAGACAAAAGGGACUCAGAAAAGAACAUUGAUUGCAAUCCUUACAGUUGUACUAGGUUUUGUAAUACCAGGAAUAUUGGUAAUGAUAGCAUUAAUAGGAGCUGACUAUGUAGACACUGAUUCAUCCACUUCAUUCUGCAUAUUAAAUAACUUGACGUAUCAGUUUUAUCUAUUCGUAUUUCCUAAUCUCCUAAUGCUAAGCAUUGGCGGUGUCCUACUACUUAUUAUAGUACAGGUCGUUAUUAAGUAUCAUGGCAUACUUGGUAAUAAGUUAGUAAGAUCAUUAAAAAGACCAAUGCUUUCCUACACAGAUAAAAAGACAUUGAUAAUCUUUGCUUGCCUAUUACUAUACCAGUUCCUUGUGUUGAUAUACUCCAUACAUCAAGGGAUUAACAGACACAAGCUGACUUCUACUUCAGAGGCAUACUUCAACUGUCAGAGAUUAGGAAUGAACAAUGCUUUCACUGAUAACUGCAAUCACUCCAAUGUAGAGUCACAUUCUAGCUCUUACAUAGCAAUAGUGGUCUAUCUCAUUGGUCCUAUUGUGCCAAUAAGUGUACUAGCAUUUGGAGUUCAUGUUAAACACUUAAGAAACACUUGCACUAGGAAAGAAGAUGGUGAGAGGUAUGUUCCUCCACCUCCUCCUUCAACCACAGCACAGAGACUCCAUCUUUCACAGUCUUACAUUCUCACACCUAGAGAAAUGGAUGUAUCAGAAACAAUAAUGGAAGUAGAAGAAGAGGAGGAAGAGAAUUUGUAGCCAUUAUCUUAAUAAUGUUAAUAAUAAAUGACAAUUAUCAUAAUUAUAAUGUUUAAAGUGUCCUAUAUAUUGUAAUAUUUAUGAUGUUGUUUGAAUUAUUAAAUUCUCAUGCAUAUCUACAA